ACGAAGGCCGGUAGCACCGGUAGCAGAUGGGGAGGGAGGGAAAGAGGGAGCGAAGUGCUCGGGGUUCUUUCUCCUCUUUAAUCCCUUCCCUGCUUGAGUCAGAGGCUGAAGUCACCGGCAGGAACAUUGCGAAGCUUUUCCCCCACCUCGGGGAGUCUGUCUGCCUUUAAAAGGAUGUGCUGAUCCCCGCAAGUGGGAUUUUGGGAAAGCAGACCUGCAUGAGACCUGGAACUUACCACGCAGAAUCAACCUCCAAUCCAGUCCUUCCACGGCUUCAGCAAUGUUGCCAGGGAAAACGGAGAAGAGAAUUGCUUCGUCUGUCUUCAUCACCCUUGUGCCACCACGGAGGGACGUGGCCACCAAAGAGAAAACCCAAUGGGAGCGACAGCCAGAUGGUGCUGAGGUUCCCGGAACCCAUCACCCCCAGAUCCUGCUGUCAUCGCCCACGUUGCCCAAUGGAGAAACCUCCCCAGUGGCCCCUGUACCUUCAUCCUUACCAGUCCUCUCCCUCUCUGAAGUGCCCCAGCCCUUGUCCACAGAGGUGCUGGGUCUGGCACUGCAGCAACUGGACCUUGCAGCACCGGCCACCCUCCCGGCCCCUUCCACCUUCCCUGCUGAACUGAAGCCGCCCACCUUUUGCCAGGAGCAAGCAGGCAAGCAGCAGUGGCAGGAUGCGAAUGGGUACCCAGAGAGGGACAGCUCCAGAGACAUCUGUGCCUUCUGCCACAAAGCGCUGGGGCCCCAGGAGCUGACGGUGGAGGCGAUGCGGAAGCAGUACCACCCUGACUGCUUCACCUGCCGCACCUGCCACCGACUCCUGGCUGGGCAGCGCUACUUCCAGAAAGAUGGGUGCCCCAUGUGUGACACCUGCUUCCAGGCCACACUGGAGAAAUGUGCCAAGUGCCAGAGGCUGAUCACGGAGCACAUUGUCCGUGCCCUGGGCAAGGGCUACCACCCCAGCUGCUUCUCCUGCGCUGCCUGCAACCAGGCCAUUGGCACCGAGCGCUUUGCUGUGGACGGGCAGGGUGAUGUGUACUGCGUGCCCGACUUCUACAGGAAAUACGCUGCGGUCUGCAGUGCCUGUGAGUGUCCCAUUGUCCCCCAUGAGGACAAGGACACCUACAAGAUCGAGUGCCUGGGACGCAGCUUCCAUGAGAGCUGCUACUGCUGCGAGAGCUGCAGGGUGCCCCUGUCACUGGAGAUGACAGAGAAUGGGUGCUACCCCCUGGAUGACCACCUCCUCUGCAAGUCCUGCCACAUCCGCUGGCGCAACGAGUCAUCCUCCUGAGACCCUGCGGCUCAUCAACCUCUUCCAGUGCCAGGCACCAAAAAGGGGGUGCCCCCAGUGGGAUGUGCCACAUGGCUGACCCUGGGUGCCUGCUGUGGCCUCAAAUUACUGCAGAACUGGGUUUUCAUCACCAAAGCAUCCCCAGGACCCUGACCCAGUAGGCUGGUGGGGUGGAGAAUUGUUGAUAUGUCCCAGCACAGCUCUGCGCUCGUGAUGAAUAUAAAAUGCCCUGACACAACAGCAACGAGGAGUGGAGGUUUUGUUCCUUAUUUCUUUUUUUAAACUCCUUUUUCAAGGCCAGUUUGGUUUUCUUGGGUG